CGGUGGCGUCCGGAUACGUCCGGAUAAUCACGGGACGGUGCGUUUGGGUAUUUUUGGUUGGGAAGGGGGUCGACGCGAUGAGCGCGUGGUCCUUUGACGAGGUCAGCAGCGUCUCCAAGAAGCUCCAUGCGACGCUGCAGCAAGACGGCUGGCGCGACGACGUCAAGAACACGAAGGAGCUCCUGGGCAUGCUCUCGAAUCUGCAGUCGUAUCGCCCGGACCACGAGUCGCUGGCCAAGACGAAGCUCGGCGUGGCCGUCAACAAGCUGCGCAAGCAUACCGACAAGUGCGUGAGCGGGUACGCUGGCGUUUUGACCAACCGCUGGAAAGAGGCCUUGGACGUCAAGCCAUCGGCGCCAUCCAAGCCACGCGCGGCCAAUGAGCUGGCCGACUCGACCAAAGCCAUGGACGCAGACCAGAAGGAGAUGGCACGGAACCGCCUCGCCAACUCGUAUGCAAAGGAAAAGGCCAAGCGCGAUGCGCGCACGAGCAUCUACCUCGACCAGCCCGUGACCAAGACGAAGCGCGGGAAGGCGCCAAAGCCGACAUCGAUCAUCACACGCUUCACUACGCCCCAGCGCGCCCAGGCCAAGAUCGUGCGGUCCAUGGCGCCCACAAGCAGCAGCGCGCGCUCGACAGCAUCGAGCACGCUGAGCCGGUCGACAAUGGCGUCCCGCCCGUCGUCGGCACCCACAUCGCGGGCCCUUCCGCGCACGGCCCUCGCGUCCAAAAACAUGACGGACGAAGAGCGCCACCAGAUGCGGCAGCAGCGGCUACGCGCCAUCGCAGAGGAGAAGGCGCGGCAGAUGGGCAAGGCCGUGCCUCCCGCGCUCCGCGACGCCAACGCCCGAGAGCGACCGCGCGACAGCGGUAGCAAAGAAAAGGCGCCGUACGUUGAUGCUCGCAAGAUGUACACGCGGCUGCCCGAGCCGUCGUCAAACAAGCAGCCCGCCGCUGGCAGCAGCAAGCCGGCAGCGGGCCGCCCUUUGCCGCCCAAGAACCGGCCGAACGCCCCCGAGAUGACGAAAGAGCAAGCCGACCGCAAGGCGUUUCUCGACAAGAUGUACCCGCGCGUGGCGUCGACGGCGCCCGAGAACCCGCUCAAGCGCAAGCGCGAGACGGACCCGGCGUCGUCGGCCCGCGACACGAAGCAGCCGUGGACCGAAGGCGAGCGCGAAGUCGUGCACUGGCUCAAGGGCAUGACCGACGACAUGAGCCAGUACAGCCAAGCGUUCUUCGACAACGGGUUCGACUCGAUGAAGGCGAUUGCGAUGCUGACCGAAGACGACCUCGCGUCCAUGGUCCCGAAGAAGGGCCACUGCCGCCUCAUCGCGCUGGCGCUCGAGAGCCUCCAGCGCAAGAGCAAGAAGCGCGUCGAGACCAAGAAGCGCCCGAAGCGCGCGUAUGAAGAAGACGACGACAUGUACGAGAGCGACGACGGCUUUGUCGUGAGCGACGAAGAGGAAGACGUGUACGUGCCAGGGGCCAUCACGAGCCUCAUGCGCAAGGGCCGCCGACCGCGCAAGUACUCGCUCGACGACGGCGCCGACUCGUCCGAUAUGGAGGCCACGUUUGAUGACAUUGAGCGCGAAGAGGCGCGCAGCCGGCGCUACGGCGACUACGAAGACGAGAUCGAGGACCGGCGCAACCGACUCCACAAGCAGAAGAAGGACAAGAAGAAGAAACGGUCCACGAGUCCCUAACACGAUGCGCCUCUGAUCUCCACCUCCAUGUGCUUUUAUGUCUUCUGUGCUGACCUGAUGAUCAACCCGACCCCUGGCAGUGGCAAAGGGUUAGGUUUCUUGAGGACACACACAUAUUUGGUCUAAUUUGCACAACUUAUUGCUGCCGCA